AUGUUCAGCCUCAUCUCCUUCACCUCCGUCGCCCUCCUCGCCGCGUCCUCUGUCUCCGGUGUUGCUAUUCCCUCCAACCACCGAGUCAUCAAGCGUGCCACCGCCCCCUCGACUUACGCUGAGGGCUACCUCGAGGACUAUACCACAUACCAUACCCGGUACCUUGCUCUGGAUUGUGAGGACCAACACGGAACUACCUUCUUCGACCAAUGCUGCCACCCUCUUCUUGCAACUGAGGACUUGGCCACUGCUCGUCCUGCCCAGUGCAUCCCCUCGUCCUCUGCAUCUGCAUCUGCGGCAACGUCCACUGCUACCGAUGAUGGCGAUGAUGAGGACUGUGAGGACGAGUCCGCUGCCCCUGCCUCUGCCACCAGCACCUUCGCCACCAGCACUGAGUGGACCUCCACCGUUGCGGCGACCCCCACUGCUGAAGCGGCUGUUGGUGCCUGGGCUGAUUCGAGCUCGAGCUCCUCUUCAGACUGGACCCCCACGACGACCUCGUCUGACUGGACCGCCUCUUCGACUGCCGACUCCUGGUCGUCCGCUGCCUCCGCAGUCAGCUCUGCUGCUUCGAGCAUCACUGACUUGAUCACCGGUGGCUUUGGCACGUUCUUUUACCAAAACGGUGUCGCCGGUGCGUGUGGAACCGUUCACUCCGACAGCGACUACGUCUUGGCCAUGGACAGCACCCGUUACACCGCUUCCAACCUUUGCGGCAAGCAGGUCCAGAUCACCAACACCGCCAACCAGAAGACUGUCACUGCUGUCGUUGCGGAUGAGUGCCCUACCUGCAACAAUGAGAACUCGAUCGACAUGUCCGUUGGCGCGUUCACUGCCAUCGCCGAUGAGUCGACCGGUCUCAUUGACAUCGCCUGGAAGAUCUUGGAUUAAUUGGGUCGUGCCAAUUCUCGCACUCUCAUUUCCCUUCUACCACCCGCUUUCUCCUCCUCGAUUUGCUCUCUCUCGUGAGAUGGGGCAAGCCCUGUCUCAGGUCGUUUAGUGGCGUCUGCGCUGAGUUUUGUGGAAAUGUUUGAUACGAGACUAACGACCCUGGUGGCUUUAGCCCUCCUAUACGAAGUUUCUUACCUACCUCACCGCUUUGCUCACUAUGUUACCCCCAUUCCUUUUCAAUGCUAUCUCUUGUGCUUGUGGUUUUCUCUUGUUUUUUUGGCGGGGUUGUAGUCUCCCUCUUUUUAUUUGUUUGAGAGCAUGGUAUAUAGUUCAUUCACUUGAUAGCUUGCUACUUUGAUGGACUCUUGUCAUGCAAUCGGUACCAUUACG